AUGGUAUAAACCAUUAAAGGUUAAAGAUAUUAGUUGAAAGCAUGGUAAUUUCAAAUUAUGAUCAUGAAGUUUGGUAUGGUGUGAUGCUAAUAAAGUUAGUAAAAUGACAGGUGAUGAUUACAAAAAAGUAUUUAGAUGUAAUUUAUAAACUCUUGAUAUUAAAAUAUCAACAUUCGGUCCAAUUUUGAUAUUAACCAUUAUAAGAGUUAAUAUAAAGCUAAAAAUGAAUUGUAAAAUAUUUUUGAGAAGAAUCCAAAUCUUAUAGAUGUAAAUUUUGCUGAAAAUAAUUUAAUAAAAAAGAUAUGGAUUUAUUAUGUGAGAUGGUAUUAUCUGUUUAAUUAACAUUUUUAGCUUUCUAGAUUAAUAUUAUUAUUUAAAAUCUUUAAGAUAAUUUAUUUUAAUUUAAAUAUUCUAAUUUAUUCUUUUACAAAAUUAAAUGUAUUUAAUAAUGCUUAAUCUUAAAAUUAUGCUUUAAAUAAAUUUAUAAUUUAUAUACAUUGAAAAACAAUUAAAUUAAAAGUUUUGAAUCUUAGUAAAAAUAAUUUAAGUAUAGAAGGAGCUAAAGUGUUAAGUAAAUUUUUAGAAUCAAAUACUACUUUAGAAUUUUUAGAUUUAUCAGGUAAUAAAAUUGGAGUAUCAGGUGGUUAGAGUAUUGCAAUAGCAUUGAGAAAGAAUUAAAAUCUUAAGUAAUUGAAUAUUUUCUUCAAUUUAAUUGGAUUUGAUGGAGCAAAAGAAUUUGGAGCAACAUUUAAAAUAAACAAAACUCUUGAAUUUAUUGAUCUUGGUAUUAAUAGAAUUAGAAAUAAGGGAUUAUUAGCUAUAACUUAAGGAUUGAGUGAAAACAAUUAAUCUAAGGUAAAUACACUUGGUUUAAGAUUUAAUUUCUUAUCAGAAGAUGGUAUUUUAAAUUUAAUAAAAAAAACAAAUUUAUAAGAGAUUUUAUAAAAAAUAAUUCAAUAACAGAUUAUGGUUUAUAUUGUUUAAAGAAAGGAUAUGAUGAAAUAAAAUCAAAUGUUAGAAUUGAUUUAUUUUCUAAAUUAAUAUAAAUAGAGGAAAGUAGACUUGAAAGAACAGCUUGGAUUCAACCUAAAUUUAAUAUACCAGAAAUAAUUGCAUUUUUCAAUAAAUUUGAUGUAGGAGUAAUUUUAGAUGCAAGAUUUAGAAAGGGACAAAAAUAUGAGAAUCGUAAAGUUUAACUAAAUCAUUUUAAUUUUGUUGAAUUUGCUGAUCCAAACAGUUUAAAUAGAUCUCUUGCUUUAGCAUCAACAAGUUAAGCUGUGAUAAAUGGUAAAGCUUUUAGAAUUUAUAAGGCAGGAACAGGAACUUUCAUAUGUAUUUAAAUAAUAAUAAUUAUUAGAUUUAAAAAAGAGUGCAAAGUAAAAGAAAGCAGAAAAUUCUAAAACAAAUACAUUAUAAGCAAAGAUGCCAGUUAGUUCAACUGGUAGAGGUCGUGGAAGGGGUAGAGGAAGAGGAAGAGGAAGAGGAAGAGUAUGA